GUGAUAUUUCCUUUUUAUUUUUUGGUUCUCAAUGAUGUCUGCAAAAAACGUCUUAAACAUUUGGGAUCUGUCCUCCACCACACACCACAUACACUAUUGUAAUAAACUCUUACUAUGGAAGAAGACUCCAGUAAUUUGGUAGCUACUUUUUGUUCUAUAACAAAUUCUACUCCAGAAAAAGCGCAGGAAUACCUUGGAGUUGCUGAUGGAGACUUGUCCACAGCGGUCACGCUUUUCUUUGAAAGUGGAGGUAUAACCGGUGACUAUGGCAGCGGAAGCUCAAAUACUGCACAGUCUGCUCCUCCUGAACAGACUGAAGAAGUUCGUGCUCCCAUUGCUCCUACGAGAGAGGUACUAGUCGAUCCAAUGGUGGAUACUACAUCAGGGUUAGGAUUUGCAGGUAAUGAUUUUGGCUUAGGAACAGGAUUACCUAGAAUGAAUCGUAGACAAAGAAGAAGGGUUGGCAUUUUUGAUCAAUCUCCGUCUGAGGUGCCUAUUGCAUCGUCCAUUGAUACUUCUUCAGAAGAAUCGGAAAGCAAUAGUCGUGCUUCUCGUCUCGCAAAACUUUUCCGUCCUCCCUACGACAUUAUAUCCCAUCUUACUUUAGAUCAAGCUAAAAUGAAAGCUACCUAUGAAAAACGAUGGAUUCUUAUUAACUUACAGACUUCCUCUUCUUUUGAAUGUCAAGUUUUAAAUCGUGAUUUAUGGAAGAGUGAAUCUGUUAAAGAAGUUAUUCGCGCACAUUUCCUAUUUCUGCAACUCCUUGAUGAUGAGGAACCGGGCAUGGAAUUUAAGCGUUUUUAUCCCGUGUCGUCUACACCCCACGUUGCGAUUUUGGAUCCUCGCACUGGUGAACGUGUAAAGCAGUGGAAUAGUGGAAUCACUCCCACUGACUUUAUAAUUGAAUUAAAUGACUUUUUGGAGCGCUGUACAUUGGAUGAAACCAAAGGAAGGAAGAAUCCUCUCGGUCCCAAGUCGCACAAACCGGCAGAGGCAAUGACCGAGGAAGAACAAAUGUCGAAAGCAAUUGCUGCUUCACUUGGUGUUGAACAAGAAAAAAAUGAAGAUAUGGGCGAAUCAUCUCAGCCUAUUCAAGCCAAUGAGGAUGAAGAAGAAGAAGAGGUGGAAACGCAGGACAACACGAUUUACAAAAUUAAUUCAGAAGAAGCAAAAGAUGAAGAGCCUAGUCCUGGCGCUGGUGUUACUAGAAUCCAAAUCCGCUUGCCAAACGGCGCUCGUUUUAUUCGAAGAUUUUAUGAGACCGAUCUUGUUCGUAAAGUUUAUGCGUAUGUCAAAGGAAAUGCUGAAGGUGCUGAGUCUCAACCAUUUUCUUUGACCUUUCAGCGUACGAGCUUAUGGAAUUUGUUGGAUAAAACCAUAAAAGAUGCAGGUAUACAAAACACGGCGCUUCAGUUUGAGUUUCAAUAAACUUAAAAAACAACCUAUCAACGGCGGUAAUUGUUUGUAUUAUAUAUAGGAUCUUACUCCCUUACCCUCCAAUGUCACACUCUUGAGUAUAUUUUUAUGGACAUGUCUAUAUUUAUUGUCUUGGACUACGCCGUCUUAGGAAUGGUGAGGUAGGACAAUGACUGUUUAAUGAAUUUAUGAAGUUAUUUUUUUAUUGGUUUUAUUUUUGAUAUAGUUGGUAAACUUCAGCAUCGUGUAAAUAGUCAUAAUAGGUGCAUAG